AUGGAGACGUAUCACGGCCACGUCCGCACCCCGGCGGACGCUAUCAUUCUCUUCGAAGCAUGUCGCAUCGGUCUGCUGCCCCGCGUCCAACGCCGCCUCUCCGAAAAGGAGCGCCAGAUGAUCCGCUCCGGUUCCGUCUUCGUCUGGGACGAGCGGGAAGCCGGGAUGCGCCGCUGGACGGACGGCAAGUCCUGGAGCGCCAGUCGCGUCUCGGGCAGCUUUCUCACCUAUCGUGAAAUGGAGGGCAAACGGGGCGGCACCGGUGUCUCCCAGCCCUCCAACCUGACUCGCGCCGGCAAGACCCCGGACAGCACGCGAGGCAGCGACGAUGAUCGCCUGGACGGCUUGGAAGAAGGUCCCGAUGGGUAUCGAUAUAAGCCCGACGGCUUGAUGAAGCAGUCGUUCAGCAUCACCACCUCCCAAGGCAACCACCUCCACCUGAUCAGCUACUACUCGCGAUCCCACCCCUCCGCCGCCAACCUGCAACAACCCUCCACCGAUCACGCCCUGCGCAAUGUCCGCCCGCAAAAGGGUCUCUACCCGGAUUCCACCGUCAACGACCAGCAGAAUCUCCCCGUGGUGACGCGCGGUCCCAUGCCCGGCACCACCUACCCCAUGCCUCACCAUCUGGGCUUUGCGCGGUCACCCCAUCCGCAGCAGGCAUACCCUCCCUCGUACGCUUGGCCGCCGACCCCGCUGGCCACGCCGCCCACCGUCCCGGUGCAUUACCCCUCCUAUCUGCCCCCCGUCUCGGGCCCCAACGGCCCGGUGGGCUACGGGCAUCCGCACCACCCGCACCAUCACCAUCAUCAUCCGCCCCCGCCGCCCCAUGCCGCGCUCCCUCCCCCGCCUCCACCGCCGUCACAACACCACCACCCGCACCAUGUGUUGCCUCCACACUACGAGCGCGCCGUCCACCCGGCGGAGGUGACGCUGCCGCCAACGAUGCCGACCCAGCCGGUGCCGCUGGUCGCGGGGCGCUCCCCGCGACCGAUCAGCCUGCACGACCCGCAUCAGCGGAGCCCGCAGGAGUACGGACCGCACGAUAUCCGGCGGGCCUCCCCACGCACGCAGCCGCCAUCCAUCCCGCACACUAAUGGCUUGGCUGCAGCCGGCCGAAGUCCGCACCAAGCGCCGCCCAGCCCUUAUAUCCCGCCCCCGGGCAUCCUCAAGCCCGAAUCGGGCCACAGCCCGGGCAGCGUUCCAGGGAUCGGGACCAUGAUCAACGGCGGCUUGGCUGGGAGUUCCUUGCCAUCCAUCUCCGCCGGGGGCUCUUCCGGCGGACGUGCCGAAGGCCCGCGCGACAUUCCCAGCGAGAAGAUCGGGUUCGGCGGCGAGGACAUGCGCGCAUUGCGGCAAUUAGACAAGGUGUUUUCCGCAUAA